CCACUACCACACUUUGUUUUUAGCUUUGUCCAAGUUUGACUUUGAGCAGAGCGGAACAUUUUGUGCUUUUAUUAUAGACUGUAUAUAUGGCUUUUACUGAUAAAUAAUGUCUCAUGGUUAAACAAUUUUGGGACCUCGCUGCGUAUCAUUAAUGUGGGAAAUGUCAUCUGAACGAGACCACGAGGUUCCCAUGGAAGUUGCUGAGGAGCCUGAUCACGCUGGGAUAAACAUAGAGGACGAUACCAGCAGGAACGAUGAGCUCAGGCUGGUCCUCAUUGGAAGGACUGGGUCUGGCAAAAGUGCAUCUGGAAACACCAUCUUGGGCCAUAGACAGUUUGCCUCCAAGACCAGUGCCAGCUCUGUCACCCAGGUGUGUGAGAUGGGCAGCGCAGAUCUGUCUGAAGAGGAGGGGGAGCACUGUCCUGUGGAAACGCUCAAGAGGAAAAUGCCAAGACUGAAGAGAGUCCAGGUGGUGGACAUGCCCGGCUUUGGAGACACUAACCUCAACGAAGAGCAGAUUUAUUCUGAAAUAGCCAAAUGUGUGUCUCUCUCUGCUCCUGGACCACAUGCCUUCCUCCUUGUGGUUCCAAUUGGCAGAUAUACUGACAGUGAGAACCAGGCAGCCAAUGAAGUAGCCAGAAUCUUUGGAGAAGAUGCUCUCCGUUUCAACACUCUUGUUCUGUUCACCAGAGGUGAUGACUUGGAGGGUGUUGACAUUGAAACAUAUUUGAAUGACACAGCCCCAGCUAUGCUUAAGGCUUUGAUUGAUUACUGUGGAGGAAGGUAUCAUGUAUUGAACAACAGAGAUCCCAGUAACAGAACUCAGGUUAAAGAACUCAUUGCCAAGGUUAACAUGAUGCAACGUGAUAGAGGAUUUUAUACAAAUUCUGUCUUUCUGAUAGCAGAGGAUGUCAUUAGAGAGGAGGAGAAAAGGAUGAUAAAAGAGAGAGGCCAAACAGAGGAAGGUCAACUUCUGGGGAAUGAAGUGAUCAGAGAAGAAGCUACACUUGCUAAAAGACAGAAGCGUGAAGCUGAGUGCAAAAGUGCAGUGAGAUUCAGAAUGGGUGUUGUAGAGGAUGAUGUGAGGCAACAAUGGGCCGAGGAGAGGAGGAGUCAAGGUUUUAGGUUUUGGAGAGGUAGGAGAGACAUUGAAAGACAUUCACUGCGCUCUUCUUUAGCUCAAAUAAGGAGGCAGGCUGCCCUUUCUCCCGUGGUUUUAGAGAGAAUUAGGAUUCUAAUUGCUGCUGGAGCUACAGGCCUGGCGGUGGGGGCAAUAUUUGGAGCAGCUGUCCCUUUAUCAGCUGCAAUAGGGGCCUCUUUAGUAGGAAACUCAAUCAGUCUGACUGCAGGUCAGCUUGCUGGCAUUUCAGCUGCAGGGAGUGCUGGUGUGGGGAAAACUGUUGGGGCCAUAGUGGCAGCAGCCUCUGGAAAGACCGCGGUGACUGUGGGAGCAGCUACAGGCGGAUUGCUGGGUGGAUCUAUAGGAUCUGUUGUGGGGUCAGAGGCAGCCAGUCCUCGGGAGGGGGCACAUGAGGCCCUGAGGCAGGUGGGUGUACUUGGCGUGGCUGCAGUAGGAGCAGCAGCAGGUGUUGGCUGUGCUUUAGGCGUUGGUGCGUCUCUGGGAGUUGCACUAGAGGCAGGAAGUGAAACUGUCAUUGGUGGAGCUGCCUCGGCUGUUGGGGCAGAGUUAUCUAAUGCAUCAUCACUAGCCCAGGCUGGUUUAGCGGCAGGAGACCAAGCUCUGUCACAGAGUGCAGUAGCUUUAGCUCAGGACAUGGCUACAAGUGUCCCUGCUUUGACUAAACCAGUGGAGGCAGCAGUUGUGUUAGCAGAGCCCAGCGUGUCCUCAGUGGCCAGCAGUGUCGUGGCCAACACCUGCAGCACUGUUUCGGUAGCCAGUCGAUUGCUGAGUGCAGUCGCUGACAUCAGCAAAGCUGCUGCAGGAAUCGCCCUGGCUGGUGGACUUGUAGUAAAAGUGGUUAAAGAAAAGGUCAGGGGUAGCACAGGGACAGCCGAAGGCAGUUACUCUGAGAAAUCAUCUUUUGAGAUUUACUUUAAUAGUCAACAUUAACUUUAAAAUCUUAAAGCAAUACUGAAUUGUACAUUAUUACAAAUUUUUGCCCUGUAAAAUGGUUUCCUCUUCCAAAUUGCUAAAUUAUCCACCAAUGUUUUUUCCUGUCCUUCAAAUUUAAUUUGAUUUUUGUAUUUAAAUAAAGCAAUUUGAAGCUUUGUCACA